AUGGAGAUUGAGUGUGGUGGUUUCAAUAAGAAACUUACACAUUCGCCAAGCCAAAUCAAUUUACGACAUUUUUCUGUAUUGUUCCCGUGUAGACCUAUCGUCACCAGUCUAGGUGAAACUCAUUUUGAUUUCUUUGCAUGCUAUGUUGCAGUUAACGCUGUGCUAUCUUCGAACGUACCUGCUCGAAAUGGCUUCCAAUACAUUGGGUCGUUCAGAUCAAGAUUGAGUGUUCAAGGAAGAAGUACGCAGCUGUUUGACGAAAGUAAUUAUUACAUUAGUCAGAAUUGGGGUGCCUGCAAUACUGCACAGAAAGAUUGUAAAAACCUACUAAACGCUAAUUUACUCGCUGUGGAAACGGAGGAAGAAUGGAAAUAUGUCAGGGAAAUGUUGAAGAAUUAUGGAUUUGAUAUAGCAACGGCCUAUUGGACCAGUGGAGAGUAUGCUCGAACUGAUUGGCGAUGGUCGGCGAAUGAUAUUGUAUUGGCACCAUGUGCACCAUGGGAAAGUGGGCAUCCGAAGAAAGCAAACCCCCUUUUGAGUGUGUUAAUCAAUUAUAGAAAUCGUUACGAUGCUACUUGGAGUACCGUUCCAAAUACACAGCUGCAUCGAUAUAUUUCCGAGGUAAAGGUACAAGCUCCGUUUAAGGAUCCUUUCGAGACUCCGUUUGAGGCUUCAUUCGAGGAAACGUUAGAUGCCCCAUUCUAGGCUCCGGUUGAAGAUCCAUUCGAGUCUCCGGUUGAAGAUCCAUUCGAGCCUCCAUCCGACGCUCCGUUCGAGCCUCAAUCCGACUCUCCGUUCGAGAAUUCAUUCGAGGCUUCAUUCCAGAAUCCGUCACUAAUGGCUCAACCUUGUUAUCAACCCAAUGACUUAGUAGUUGUACUCGACUCAUCGGGAAGCAUCGGACGUGAUAAUUUCGAAA